AUGCAUCCGUUUGGCGGAACACCCGUUUGCCCGCGAUGCAACAAGAUGGUAUAUGCCGCAGAGCAGAUCAUGGGCCCAGGACGCAAGCUCUACCAUAAGCCAUGCCUCACAUGCACGACGUGCGGGAAGCGGCUCGACUCCUACAAUCUAGUCGAGCACGACCAAGAGCCAUACUGCAAGAACUGCCACAUCAAGAAUUUCGGCACGCGCGACACCCGCCUCGCGAACCUCCCAAAUCGCGACGAGGUCUUCGUCUCCUCUCCACCGACGUUGCCCGUGCGUGGAGGCUUCUCUCCCACCCGGCGCGUUGCGUCCCCGCCCCCGGCAUCGACUGCACCACAGCUCCCUGUGCGCCGGCACGUCAACAGCGCGCCCUCUGCACCGCCGAUGCUGCGCCCGACGCGGACGUUCAGUCCCGUACGCACGACGUUCUCCAGCAACGACCCAGUGGCUACCGAAGAGACAGGUGAAGAGGACGCACAUUCGGAGGGGCCUCGGACCCCGGAGCCUGCAUCAGGGGCGUUUCCAACGCACACGGGACGCGUUGGUGGGCUCCCGCGUACGGUACCACUGACCCUCAGCCCGUCGAAGGGUCGCAACGGCAGUCCCGCGAAGCCAGAGGACACCGCCGCGGGCCAGACGUCGCCGACGCUCACGCGGACGCUGCUCCCGUCGGCAACGGGCACGCGAUACGGCGUUGCGCUGGGCGGUCGUGGCACGGGCGUGGGCACGGUGUCGCCUAUGAUGACGGGCGGACGAGGCCCGACGUGCGGGCGGUGCGGAAAGACGGUGUAUUUUGCAGAGCAAGUAAAGGCGAUCGGGAAGACGUGGCAUAAGGGGUGUUUGCGGUGUACCGAGUGCGGGACGCUGCUCGACUCGACGCGUCUCACGGAACGCGAGGGCAGCCCGUUUUGCCAGAGGUGCUAUGGGAAGUUGUAUGGUCCCCAAGGGAGCGGGUACGCUCUGCUAGGUAAGGCCGGAGCGUGA